AUGACUAAAUAUGACAGCCAAGGAGUCCCAAUUUUGGGAUUUUAUAAUCCUGCGGGGACAGUUCUUUACCCCCACGGCCUUUACUCCUAUUCCAUUGGAAACACAAGAGCGAGAGAUAUCACAGAGCUGUUAGGAACUUCGAAGAAACAACAUUUAGACUUGCUGCUUUUAGCCUCGGGGGAUGUUAGAAACGUUUUAUAUACUGUGUCUGAAAUUUCCCUAAGAAAAGCUCAGGAAUGUCCUAAAAGUUUAAGUUUUCACUUAAAUGACUACGAUCCGUCGGUAGUCGCUCGAAAUGCGAUCUUGCUCGAAGUUGCCAGUUCGAUAAAUACUGAUGUCGCAGAUGAUGUUGACUUCUUGUGGAACACCUGGUACAACAUGACGCUUUCUGAAGCACAUUUUGCCAGGCUGCAACGGAUUCUUUCAGAAAUGAUCGACAAAGGUUUUGAUAGCAACGAAUGGACUGUCUUAAACUUUCAAGAUGGUGCUGUCUUUAAAGAGUGUCGUGACAUUUGGAAUGACUGGAUUAAGCUUGACCUUAACGUAAAAAGUGUCAAAGAAGAAAGGAGCAAGUUUAUAGAGAAAGAUAGACAAAGAAUACGCUUUACAAUAGAAAAUCAAUGCGUUUGUGUCGUAUCGAAAAUGGAAAUAGGAAUUGAAUAUGAAGACGGAGACGAAGAUGCCGAAGAUGUCUCAUCGCCAGAAAGGACGUUUUCAAGCCAGUUUAAGCCGGAAAUAAAGCAUUGGUUCAUGGAGGGGUCCACGAGCGGUGAUUCGAAUAAAGUGAACCCGACCUUGAUUCGCCCAUUUGUUCACAAGUGGCAGCAGCAUUAUGGAGCGUGUGCCUUUGAUGGUUACCUUCCAAUUGACAAGUGAGUACCGAAUUCUCGAUUUCUUCCGUUUUCUAGUGCUCGCCAUGGUCUUCUACAAUAGCGAGCUUAAGCAACAACGACGGCGACGACUACCAAAACGUCACUUAACAAGACGCUGUGGAGCGUACACUUCGGCGUCGUGGUUGUGGAACUGAUUAAUUGUAAAUGCGGAGGAAUAGUAAGAAAUGAAAUAUGGUAAGAGUAAGGAGUUAAUUUGUGAAAUUAUGCGAUUUGUCAGGAUAUUCUGAAAAGAGCAACAUCCAAGAGGCCUACUUGCCAAAAACUAGCAUUUCGGGGCAAAUUGUCUCUGAGAUAUUUGCCCAGUUAUGCUCUGAUGACUCCAUACAAAUCGUUCUUAAUUUGACUUGGGUCUAAACGUUUAGACCUAAGUCAAGUAUGAGGAUAUUGGCGGUGAAUACCAAGUCUAACAAAACAAAGCACGCGACUGACCGAACACAAACGAGCGACGAGGAAUGGUGACGUCAUUAAUCACAUUGCUGAGACGAAUCGAAACAUCAAAUUGACUGGGACUCUGCGACAUGUAUAACGUAUUCUACAGACUACUAUCAACGUCUCACUUUAGAAAGCUGGUUUACUUAGAACAAACGCCACUGAAUCGUAGCCAACAGUUACCAGCGCCGUACAAACGACUUAUUGACGAGAUCAAGCAAAACUAACUACGAGAGAACGACCGGAGAACUGACAAUUUGACUAACAAUAGACGACUGUUUAACUGUGACAACAGACGGAUCGAAACGCGCCAAUUACUGAUUACGAGUCUUCAUAGCCAAUACCAUCACGGCUUGACUGACAGACGACCAAUAACAUCGCGACGUAAUUGACCUAUCAGAUCAAUAACCAGAGUAUGAUACCAUCAACUGACGUGAUACAACUCACUUUGACUCUGAAGAUGACUACCGCACAGGUUGUCGAAACGUCAGUCACUGUCAACAGCAACAGUCCUAUUCAGGACUACGUUCAGACCCGGACAAUGAAACUGAACCUUACUUUUGAUAUGACUCCUGGGUUCAAACCUUUCACAGUGAUAAAAGAAUUCUCUAUUUUUCUUAGUCAUAUCAGGCUUCAAAAACAGCAUAGCAGUCUCGUGUACUGAUUAAAGAUAUGUAAGGUAUGGGUAAGGAGUCAAUGAUGUUGAGCAUGGAAUUGGCUAAAACUCAAUGUUACGAGUUCGAAUGAUUUGAGGAUAAUUAUUCACUGACUAUCAGCACGCAGUGAUGUCGGAUUAACACAAGGAAGUUUAAUACCAAAGGAACAUAGUCUUUACACAGCUUUAAAAUACAGCAUCCGCCAACACAAACUUUACUUGAACUUAAGUAAAACUAAACAGCCUCUGCCAAUAAAAACAAACUCUCACUUCAACUUCAGAUAUCUUACGGCUUCUGCCAACUUGAAUAUCGACCUUCGUCACACUUGACUAAGCACAGCACUCUAGCUCGUGGGAAAAAACUUAGUUCGUCAAAAGAACUCGGUUGGAACUUGUAUACCUUUUUGACUUAAGGUUCUAGAAAAUACGAAACAGGCGAACAAUAGUAGGUUUUCGAUAUAUUUUAUGAUUUCGGUCACUGAUGCAAAUCUGCUGACUCAUGCUGAAACGUAAACAUGCCCUAAUUGAUUAUCCAAAAACGUAGAGAACGUUCGAGAAAGUCACGCGACGCAUGAAAGCAAUUUUACUACGUAACACUCAACAAAGACAAAACGUCUUUGUGCAGCAUUUUGUAACUUAAAGUUCAUCAUAAAACAGUUCGAAAGGAGCGCUAACUCGUGAAAUGUUUUCAACACUCGAAGAGUAAUUUCGUGUCUCUGCGCAGCCAUGUAAUAUCCUCUAUUUAUUCCUCGAGGAAAUUAAAGACUAAACUCGAAGUGAUCUCAAGAUAUCACGAAGUACUCCGGUCUCAUUUCGUAAAAUAGCCAUCCUCGGAGACCCAGGGGCGGUCAGUCGGGCCUGGAGAAAAGGCGCUACAAAAGUUUUUAAGUACAAGCGGAAAAGCCCCUGGGUACCGACUCUCACCGGACCAUUUCCAUACGGUCAAGCGAAUGCUGGUUCCUGAUUGGGCACAAAAAAUGCUUUGUAUUAUUGUGCCCAAUCGGCGAACAGCAUCUCCUGAGUUCUUUUCGUGAGUUCGUACACGACGGCUAUUGACUCGAUCACGGCUUGUCUGGCUCAUGCACCGAAGAAACGCACGCAGUCAGGAAUCUUUCAGUUUGAUAUAAACGCUACAUUUCAAAAUACUGCUAGUCUUAACACUAGAGGCUAAAUAAGCUAACAAAUAUUUCAAGACAAGAAAAUUUAAAAUUCUUCAAGUAAAAGAAAGCUUCACACACAACCUAUCUUUUUUACUUCAGGUUUUCUCACCUCACGUAGUUAAGAUUGAUUAACAUGCUUCGCCUUUCUCAAAGCUUGGAAACCGCAAGUUCGCUAAGUCGGUUUUAAUGAGAUGCAAAGUGAAGUUACUUGAGAUUUUGCUUAGGCCUUCACACGCGCAUUUUUGGUUAUGUAAAACUUAGCAGCUCUUAAGUCUUACUUAACAGGAUAGUGUAAAGACAACCACUGUCUACAAGAAAACUAAAGACGCUUUUCCAAAAAUAAAGCUUGAGCUUACAACAGGUAUUCACGCUUGCAUCGAUCACGCCUUCGUAAAUAUUAGGGACUUUAAGAUCCAACGACGCGACGACGACAAGGACGUCGCGUAAAAAGUGAAUUUGCAUUCUUUCAGUCUUUAUAGGGAUUAUUCCUACCCACUUACUUUGUCAAUUGUAGGCGAACCCUCCUAAAGCUGAAUUUCAAGGGACCAAAUUCAAGCUCAGAAAGAGAAACAAAAUUUCGUCGUUGCUUGUUUACGUCCUCCAUAAAACGCGAAAUUAGGCAUUUUCACGUCGUAGUCGUGCAAACACGGGAAAGAAAUGUACAAAAAAGUGUGAAAAGUUGUUGUUUUGCUAAUUAAACCUAUUGCUUUUUUGACGUUCUCGUUGUCGUCCGCGUCGUUGGAUCUUAAAGUCCCUAUUAGGGAGUUUAAUACGCCGCGACAGCUGACAACCGCGAAAACGUCGCAUGAAGAGUGAACUCACAUUUUUUCAGUCUCUAUCGUGAUUAUUCCGAACUCACUUACUUUGUCAAAUGCAAGCGAACUCUUCUGGAAUUGAAUUUCUAUCAACCAUAUCCAAGUUCAUAAAGAGAAAAAAAAAUUUGUCAUUGCUUGUUUACGUCCUUCACAAAACGUGAAAUUAGGCAUUUUCACGUGGUAGUCGUGCAGUGACGGCAAAGAAAUACAGUAUAUGCAAAAAAGCGUGAUGCACGUGCAAAGUUGUUGUUUUGCCUUGUCAAGCUAUUGCUUUUUUUACUUUCUCGUCGCCGCUUCAUCUUAAACUUCCUAUUAUUAACGAUAUAUUGUGAUCCGUCAGAAACAGAAUUUUCUCAGCGCAAAUUGGCUCCUGCUGAUAGCAUCGGUAGUUCCUUCGUUUCUGGUUAGGAAAGCUUGGUGAACGAACCGGGCAACUGUGGCGAGAUAAUAGCCGUCGUGUACGAAUUCACGAAAAGAACUCAGGAGAUGCUGUUUGCCGAUUGGGCACAAUAAUACAAAGCAUUUUUUGUGCCCAAUCAGGAACCAGCAUUCGCUUGACCGUUUGGAAAUGGUCCGGUGAGAGUCGGUACCCAGGAGCUUUUCCGCUUGUACUUGAAAACUUUUGUAGCGCCUUUUCUCCCGGCCCGACUGACUGCCCCUGGGUCUCCGAGGAUGUAAAAUAGCCGAAACAAGCCGAAAAGUACGUCACGAACUUUCGCGCCCAAUCUUGUCCCGAAACUAGUGCAUAAUGUCAUAGCUAUACUACUUUUAUACCGUGGGUCGCAGUAGCGCAAUCGGCUAAUCCCUCAACUUAGAGUGUCCUUUGAUCUGACGGGUCACACAGGUGAGUCCGUUAUAAACCCCGGGAAGGCCAAAAUAAUUCUUUCCUCCUCGAAUAAGUUAAAGAAUAAAUCAAAGAAAUCGAAGUGAUCUCGAGAUAUCUCUAACUAAUUCGGCUCUUACUUCGUCAAAUAGCCGAAUAAAACCGAAAACCUACAGACUUUGAAUGCCCAAUCUUGUCCCAAAAAUGUCAACUUUGAUACAUUUCUGAGCGUCACGAAUCCUUUACUUCGCGCUCAGGUGAAGUAAAAAGCCGUGAAGUCGCGCUGCUCCAAACUUUAUCGCGCUUAUUCUAUCUCAUUCAAUUCGUCAAAUCUUGGCAACUUUUCCUGGAGUUGAAUUCUAAAAGACUGUAUCGAAGUUCAGAAAAAGAAGACGAAAGUCGUUGCCUUGUGUUCACGUCCUCCACAAAACGUGAAAUUAGACAAUCGUUGUAAUCGUGGAGCGACGGCAAAAAAAUGUACAAAAAAGCGUGAUGCAGGUGCAAAGUAACGUGAGUCGCGUCACCUCGUUUGGUAGUAGGGGAGGGGCGAUUUCCUGUUCAUUUGCGCGUUCCACUCGCUCUGGUAUCUCUAAGCCCGUUUUCAAAGUUGGUAUUUAGGCCGGGAAAGAAACAGUGAGUAAACUACCACAAACCAUUUGUGCUAAUUGCAAAGCCUAGGAUGGUAACAAAGUUACCAAUCUAGUUUUCACAGGACGUUGCUGAAAUAGCCUGUUAAAAAAGCCUUCUCUCUCACUCUUCGCAAAAUGUCCCUAGCGGCGAGGAGGGAGGGCUGUUUUCGAACGCUAUUGCUGGAAGGUUUCAGUUCGUAUUUGAGGUGUGCAUUCUAGCAAAAACAAGAAAUCAAAAUUGUGUCUGCUUUUUCCUGAUCCACAAUACGUCUAACUGCUACUGUCUGAGAAUUUCUGUAAAUGAUAUCCGAAAACUUUUGAGCACCCUGAAAGGGGUAGUCGCCUGUACUUUAUCACUGAUCUGCAUCAGGAGUUGCUCGUUACGUUACUGAAUGAUGUGAAAUGCGGUAGAUGUUUUUUUACUUGCGUCUCUCGUUUAAAGCUGAUCCUUCUUUUGCAGAAAAGACCUUCUUCGAUGUAAAACGCUAACAGAUGCCUGUAAAGAGAGCUUAAAAUUUCUAGUAAAAUGCUACCAAAACUAUAAAAGGAGUCACGCAUUGAAGGUAAGAUUUGUCUAUCCAAGAUACUGGGCAAUAAAAAACCACCACAAGUGAUUUAUUUAGCUGUCUGAUUAGCCAUGUAUAUACUAAUAGAAUCUUCAGGCUACCAUAACAAGAAAUUUCUUGCUAGAAAAUAUACAAACAUGUGCCGUAAGUAAAAUUUUAAAACAAUUAUACCCCGUCGACACGUACACGGAUAUUUAUGAAUCCGCAACUUUUUCUUUCCGGAUUCAAAAAUGUCCACGUCCACGCGUAUCCGUAUUCAAAUUGAAUUUGUCCAUCCACACGUACCCGACACAUAUCCGGAUUCACUCUAGUACCCAGGACUCCUCUGGAAAUAUUGGUAAUAGAGCAUGCGUCGUAAAGCGGGGCGAAAUUGGCAUCUUGCUCUGUCUUGAGAGAACCUGGGAACGAGGUUACCAUCUCGAAUACAGUAUUCACGGUAAAGAACUGGGCUCGAUCUUGUUACGUCACCGGAUAAAAAUAUCCGGAUUUAGCGUACACACGAUUCCGGAUUCACAGCGUAUUAAAAAAUUUCCACUCUGGAAAGCGGAUUCAAAUAGUUGCGGAUUCGUAUGCCGGAUUCACCGGAUACGUGCGGACGGAAGCCGUAUCCAGAACGAAAAAGUUUCGGAUUCAAAAAUAUCCCGAUACGUGUGGACGGGGCCUUAGUUAAGUUUACUUGGUUGUAUCAGUAGCACUUCUGAGGAAGCCAUGAUCAGGCUUAAAGUUGUAUCGUGACUGUUUCUGAACUUAAACUUAAAUCUAUUAUAUUUUGGGGGUGCUAGCCCAGGAAUUGAUGUCAACACUGUAAUUAAAAUCUUGUUUAGUGUUCAUCAGAUACUUAAACAUUCAAUUCACCACCUUCCCACCCUUCAGCGACCUAAGUUGUGGGGAGAAACUCUUUGGAGAAAUCCAAAUCAAUAUUCUUCAAUCCAAAAACACUCAUUUGUUUUGGAUCUCAUUUGGGAUCCCAAAUUAAUAAAUAUCCAAGAAUUAAUUCAUCAGAAUAAACUGACUUCUCGUUGCCAUCGCCUUCUUCGUUGGUAAAACUCUGCAAAAGAUUUUGUCAAAUUUGUUUCGUUUUUUUUUGGUUCUGUUCCGUCUUUGUUUAAAGGUAACCUUGUGGACUGGCGAUGGCCUUUCUCUGUGUGCAAAUGGUUUCCCUCCAGACCUUGCAUUUGAUGUCAUUGACACCAGUAAUGUUAGUGACCAUAUUGGCCUGCUCAAUGUUCUCGUUUGUUGUGCACCAAGGCUGAAAGAGUAAGUUCAACGCUCCACUAGUAAACUAACUGUUGCCAAAUUCUGCUUGUUGGCCUGUACCAUAUAUUUCUCAUCGUCCCUUGAAUUUGUUUCAUUUGACAUUGAAAAUGAGAAUGGUGGGUCAACCUCGCCAUUCGAUGCUUCUGUAACAAGGUUUUGUCCAGGUAGGAGUGUUGACCCCAAGCAAACCUAUUUAAAUAGGCCAUUUGCACAAUGACAUCAUUUUACUACUACAACCAGAAUCCUUCAGGGUUUUGCUUUCUUGUAAAAAUUAGGGCUGGGAUUACAAAAUUUAAAUAUUAAAGGAUUCUGGUUGUAGUAGUUAAACGAGGCCAUCGUGCAAAUGGCCUAUUCUGGAAAGGAGAAAAUCCAGAGUAGUUUGUACUCUACCCUUUGACCUGUCCAGCAUAGUUGAUUCUACCAGGAGCUAGUGCUCCUGCUGGCAUAGCCCUCCAGGUUGCUGCAUGUGUGGCACUUAAGCCACCACACAACGACAAGGAAUUGACAAUGCGGACCCUAACAUGUGGGCCAUUGGGCUACGAAAAAUGGCGCGGAUAAAUAUAUCGUAAUCGGUUAAUGUAUGAUCACACAACUGGUUUUAGUAGUGAGAGCUUUUUUACUAUGUUCUAUUCGCAGACCAGCCACAUCACUUUUGUAUACCUCGAGCAUUUCAUGGAAAAAUAGCUGUCAAAGUAUUGAGGACUUUUACAACAGAUGUAUUGGUGUUCCAGUGCAACUUCUUCCAACUAUUCUUGGUUUGAAGCUGGCUGUUAAUCUAGAUCUUGGUAGCAGGUACUAAUGUCUUUUCGUAGAUCGUUGACUUGAGUAUGGUACAAUUUUGAUAAGUUUAUUUUCUCUUCCUCUUGCACCCCAGUGAACAUUAAAAGGUGGUUCCGUCAUAAAAAAAAAGCGCAGUGAACUAUGACUACGAACUUUUUGUCAUAAACUUUUUCAGUUUUAACGCGAUGGCAACGAAAGUUUGAGAAGAACUUCAGCCAUCACCAGCUAUAUAUAUUAAAAUCACAUCAUCAGCCAUCAUGAAAGUCCUGCUGUUUUGUUUUUGAAGAUAAACUGAUAGACCUCUUCGUUUAUGCCAAAUAUGUAGUUAUGUGCGGUUUCGUUCUUUUGGGAAAUCCUAGUUUUGGAAAUCAAGGCAUUUUUCUGCAGGCAAAUACAUAAAAAAUUAAAAUAAAUAAGUAGAAAAUGAUGAAUUUCUUUCAAAAACUAAGGUGAAAAAGGUCCAAGUAUAGAUUUUAUUUGCAGAGGUUAUGCGCGAAGUUCCUAUAUAAGAAUCCAAAUCCAAACCCAAACAUCAAUUUCUCAAUGGAAGGUACCCUUAAAUCUGAUUGGCUUUUGCUCUUUUCUGUAGUAAACUGCCAGACACCAGAUCGUACAACGAGGAGAUUCUCUUGUGGGUAAAAGCGGAGCCUAAGAGGACCUUGCUGACAAUAGGUUAAGUUACAUCACCAAAGAGAAAUGCUACACCGUAAUUUUUAGGGAGUUAUUAUAACUCCAAAAAUGGAGUAAAAAUUUUAGGUACAGGAUAACCCCAUUUUUGGGGUUAUUUUAACUCCUAAUUUAACUCCGAAUUUGGGGUCAUUUUUACUCCUGAAAAAGAGUUCUUUUUACUCCCAGUCUGGAGUUAAAAUUACUCCGAAAUGGGGUUUCUUGUACUCCUUACAUGGGUUGUUUUUACUCUUUUUGGAGUUAAUUUAACUCUGAAAGUGGAGUAAAAAUUUUAGGUACAGGAUAACUCCUUUUUUGGGGCUAUUUUAACUCCUCAAUAUCUGGGGUCACUUUUACUCCUGAAGAAGAGUUCUUUAAACUCCUUUUUGGAGUUAAAAUAACUCCACGAAAAAUAACUCCACUGUCAGGAGUUAAAUUAGCCCCACUAGAGGAGUUAUUAUAACUCCCUGAAAAUUACAGUGUAGUUGUUGGCCUAGUUUUUAAAUAAAUCCCUGGAUCAGGAAAACACUAAAGCGUACACUUCUAUUGCGACUGAGCUCAAGUUCUUUACAAGCUUUUUUUUUUCUUUUUUACGGGAUAGAAGGCUAUGAAAUGCCGGAUAACUAGUAAAGAUUGCAAAGCCUCCUGCCAUUUCUCUUAAGUAUCUUUUCCGACAAGCUUCAAUUUUGCAGUAGAACUUCAAAGAAAAAAUAAGAAAGUUAUCAGCUGUUCUUGCAACCAACUACUGGUCCCCUUUCCACCGAAUCAGUGACCAGUCGUCUUGACCAUCUCAUCGAUGUUAAGGAGGGUGUUCAAAGGAGAGCAGCGCUAGCAUUGACUCGAAAGGUAUCGUCGUUUUUAACUGUUGCAUUGAUGCAAAACUUUCCAGUUUAAAAGGGCUUUAAAAACGCUUUGCUUGGAACGCAAACUGAUUGCCUCUUAAAAACCAUUUUUUGCACGAAGUUUUACUGCAACAGUCGUGCUAUAUAUCGUGAAUGUGAAAUUGUUUGCCAAGAGGGCUUACGAUGUCGAAAUUAAAUAGAAAUUACUCAGAAAUUUGUUUUUACGCUUACAAUCACAGAUGAAAAUGGUGAUGCUGCUCAGGCCUUGCUUCGCCUUGUUGAACGGUGCUUUAACUUAUUUAAUGAACCUGAUAGUAAAGAUGGAAUAACAAUGUCUUCGCCGCUGACUUUCCUCAGAAUUGUCCGUCAGAUACAACCUCUGGUCAGGGGCGGAGGUAAGGCAGACAGUGGUGUUGCGCUGGUCUAGCUUCCCAUGCAGACGUUCUCAAGGAAAGCGGGACAAAACCCCAAGAACGUUAGCGUGCGAGAACAGACGCCUUUCUCGGCUCUUGUUUCACCCGCGUAUAGCGAGAUCCUCACGCAAACCCCACUCGUGUUAGCUUGAAAAAUACUGACGUCGCGGAAAUCGUUUCCCAGCGCGGAAUCGCAGACGCCAUUUUCUUAAUUCUCAUCAUUGACCUUUUCUCAAAUUCUCCCACUACGUCUUCUUCUAGAAACGUAUGGGAAAAGAAAGGAGAAUUUGUGUUUUAAUCCUGGGACUGAAAAAUUUUAACAAGCAUGGUGCUGGAGAGGGAAGGGCAAGUAGAUGAUAAUAAUGAGUACACGGCGCUUUCUUAACUAAUCUCCCCGAAAUACCUUAUUACAUGAAAUUUUCGCGACACGUUAAUUUUGCGAAUUUCGUGAAAGUCGUUUUAUUUAAUUCAAAGACUUGUUAAAUAGCAUUGUCUGUGAAAUGUAAAUUGUUGUACUCAAAAUCGCGAAUUUAAACUGAUUCAAAAUAUAAAAUUUAAAAUCCCGAAAUAAACAUGUCGCGAAAAUUUUAUGUAAUAUGGUAAGCGAUCGCGAGUUAUUGGGGACGUGGCAGAUUUGCCUCAAACAGUGUAUGUAGCCUGUGUACAGACCCCCUCCCCCUCCCCUCAGUAAAAUCGGAGAAGGGGCCCUUCUCCGAUUUUUACUGAGGGGAGGUGGGGUCGGUAGCUACGUGGAGAUCACAUGAAAUCUAACAAUAAAACUUCCUUUCCGGCAAAACUUUGUAAGUGGAGGACCGACAACAGUACUGACAAUGCACUGUUACCCGUCAAUAUGUAUUGACUUUUAUCUCAUUUCAUGUUGGAAAUUUCAUAAAAUUAUUAUAUUUUUUGUUGUGCUCUAUCUCUCUGAUAUCAAAUCACAAAAUGGACGCCCAAUGAACAAGAAAUAAAUUUUAAUUGUUUCUUUUUCAAACGUUGUGUGUAUUUGUUUCUUAGCCACAGAGCUCCUCAAUCUUCUGGAAAGUAAGCUACCUUCUGAUUUCAACAAAAAGUUUGGUCUCUCGUGGAAUUUGGUAAAAGCCUCAGUAGGAAGUGAACGAGGUAGGAGAAAAUUUCACAUUGUUUUCUCAAGCGAUACACCACCACCUUUCCUCUUUGAGUGACAUUACCAGUGAAAAUACCAGAGCGUAAUUUAUCUGUAUAUUCCCUUUUCCUUUCAGAGCCUAUUGUUGAAAUAAAAGUAUCGACCUUAAUAUCCGUCGUUCCUCGGUUUGAAGGAACGCUUGAUCUGAUUGCUUGCAUUGCUAACCAUAAACCAUUUGAAGAGGGAGAGUUUCCUAAAAAUACCUUGGUAAAUAUAUUUCUAUUUAUUUAACAAUAUACCCUCGUGUGGACUUUUUUUGGAUCGGGAAGUCAUCACCUCGAGUUCCAGUGUAAUGAUUUCAUGGUGGUUGUGGCAAAAAUUGAUGGUUCGAAUAGUCGGCGUAAGGAAGCCCUUUUAAAAUGGUAAGCGUCUAUUAUAUCACCAUGCGCAUUGAAUUUCAUCAUUUAUUUUGCAUUGCGUCCUUUUGAAAUGCUUGCUAGAAUUCAUAACUACACUAGAAAAAUUCAUAAAAAAAGGUGACGGAUAUUUCAGAGGGGGCACAAAAUAAUUGGUAUCUCUGGGUUUUUUUGUACAGUAUUUUUCGCCAUCACCCGCAUAGUACUUUUGUACAAAAGUUUUGUGUUUACAAUUAAAUCUUCUCUUGUUAUCAUAGGAUUUUUUAUUUGGUCUACCUUUACCUUCGGAAGAUACCGACUAUUCAGUAAUUUGCAACAGCGUACGAUAUGAUGACACCGCUCAAAUCGUGACGUUCCAUCUGCGAGAAAAGGACUGGAACGAACUCAAGUCGAAUUCCUGCAUGUGGAUUGCCUCUAAUGACCAUGUUCGGAUUCCAUUCAUAAAACAAAAGAAGGUUUUUCUCGGGAGUGAAAGUGUUAAGGCCGUUGAACAGGUUGAUCCUGAAGAGAAAUUCGGUUUGUUCGCUGUGCAGAAGUUUGAGGUUGAAUCGUCCAGCGAUUGUGAAAUUCUUAAGGUACGUUUUGGCUAUCAAUACUGAUGUUAAAAUUGCUAUCUACUGCUAGCUGCACUGUGUGAGCGCACAAGAAUUAAAUAUACACUCUAGUACAACUAAACAGAACCUGCCAGCAGUUAAAUGAAGCCCAAAAUAUGUCUAAUUACUUGGCCUAGGAGCGAAAACUGAUUCCAGUGAUUACAACUGAUUACAGCUAGUUAAAAUUCUAUUAGGUUACUCAAUAUGGACCCAAAAAUCAGGCUAAGAAAAACAUAUAUCAGUGCUCUCAUUACAGUUUUUUGUAAAUAUGCAAUAUUCUGUCAAUAGAACAGCUUUUCACCAUUAUACAGUUCUAUUGUAGAACGUAUCACGUUGAAUUCUGAAGACGGAGUACCGAAAACUGACCAGAAUUAUAGCUGAGAAUGGUUGAAAGUUAGCGAGACUACCCAAGCUGUUCACGAACAUCUACCACUUGCCUUCGUAAUUGAAUUAAAAAAAGG